GAGGAGGAGGUGGACACAAGUAGAACCCCUGGCCUCGCCUCAUUCACCUCAACUUCAGCACCAUCAAUCAAUCCAACAAUGACCAUCUAGCCGCCGCCGUUUCUAAGCCAUGAUGGCCGUUGAGGACACCGCCGAUGACUGGGGAGAGGGCACGCCGUUCCUAGACCCGGAAAUUGACGAGGAUGUGCCCGAGGUUUUUCGCCGUGCCUGGUACCAGCCUUCAACCCCGGCGGGUGUUGUUGGCCUGAUGACCUUCAUCAUUUUCUGCAUGACACUGAGCGGAACCAUAUGCUUGAUCCCGCUCGCCAGAUUGACUGAGGAUGUGGUCUGCCGCAAGCAUUACGGCUCGCCGGACCCGGUCGAUGAGAAGCUAUGCAAGGUCGAUGAGAUCCAGACACAACUUGCCUGGUUGGGGGGGUUAUAUAUCGUGAUCAACGCGGUCAUUGGAUUGAUCGUCUCAUUCCCAUGGGGUAUCCUCUCAGACAGAAUUGGACGCAAGCCGGUCUUCCGUCUAUCAUUUGGAAGUAUGGUCAUAGGUGGCACCUGGACAAGCCUUGUUCUCGCUCGAUGGGACAUAUUUCCGAUCCACUUGAUACUGCUUUCUCCUGUUUCCGCCAUAUUCGGCGGCGGCCUAUCCGUCACCGUCGCUGUCAUCCACUCCAUCAUUGCGGACGUGACGACUGAAAGGUCAUCCGGCUUCAUAUCCCUUUCUUUAGGUGCCGUUCUUGGCUCCGUUGCCGGACCGGCCCUCUCGGCGAAAAUGAUGGAGAUCUGGAACCCGUGGGUGCCUCUCUUCAUCUCGGGCCUGAUCCUAACUCCCACUAUCCUCAUCUCCAUGAUCUUCCUCCCCGAGACGCGUCCUCGCCUCACCGGGGCACAGGCGUCAACCGUACCCGAGGAGCCACUCCUGGCUGCAAUGCAGUCUCAUCUGGUCCAUGCCCGUGAACGCCUUGUCGAAUCUUUGACGGUGCUCCGUAAGCGCCCUGUGGUCCUCCUCUUGGUCAUGUUUUUCAUCACCGAUCCCGUCCAAAUGGCUUCGGGGCAUGUCCUCACGCAGCUGCUCAGCAAUCGCUUUAAAUGGUUGCUCGCAGACAUCGGUUAUCUGCUCUCUGUCCGUGGGAUCCUCACUGUUGUCGUUCUCGCCGUCAUCCCCUUUGUUUCGGGACUCAUGACCAGCCGGUUUCGGAUGCCAGUCUUCAAGAAAGACCUCAUCCUGAUGCAGGCAUCGCUGGGUUGCCUAGUUGUGGGGAACCUUCUGACAGGAGGCGAGCGACCUACCGAGGUGAUAUUGGGCCAGGUGAUAUCUACCUUCUCAGCGGGCUUCUCAUCCCUGGCGAAGGGCCUGAUCGCAUCCCACGUGGACAAGGAACACACGGCGAGGCUGUUCGCGCUCACGGGGAUGGUCGAGACUACCGGGUCCAUUUUCGGCGGACCGUUCCUGGCCUGGAGCUUCGGCCGGGGAGUGAAGAUGGGGGGAAGGUGGAUGGGCCUGCCUUUCUUCUGCAUUGCUGCGCUGUGUGCCCUGGCCCUUGUCGCUGUAUGUUUUGUCGAGAAGCCCCGGAUGGAGAAGCACGAAGAGGAGUCUCAGAAUAGAGAGUCUGUCGAGUUACAUGGUUCUGUUUGAAGGGCGAUUUAGGGAGUUUGCCAUGCCGCCUCCUCAGCUGUAGAUAAAGACGGCUACUCCGUCUCCUUCGAGGAAAGAAUUACAUAUAUUGCCGUUUAUUGGGCACCAAUAAACU